GUCUGCUCCCGUGGGACGUCCGACACGAUAUCAGCUGUGGUUGGGAUAAUGCUAAAUUGGCAUUCACAACGAAUCAAUAGACUCAUCUCCCCUAUCGCGUAGAGCCUAGGAUAUCACGUGCUCGUAACCUAUUUCCCGAUUAAAAUUUUUACAGUUUGACUUAAUUCUGUCGUCUUGACAUUCCCUCGACCAUCAACGGAGAAGAGAUGCUUCCAACGCCCGACACGUCACACGUGGCGUACGAGAGGGUGUAUGAACCAGCAGAAGAUUCAUUCCUACUAUUAGAUACGCUCUCGUCUACCGACCAGACAAUAUUUCUCCAAACUCGCUUUGGAGAUGGAUACGUUCCGUUGGUGGUGGAGAUAGGAUCCGGCUCGGGAGUAGUCAUCGCCUUCGUCAACGCACACGCAAAAGUCCUCUUCGGAUCCCGAAACGUUCUGGCAACCGCCGUUGACGUGAAUGCUUACGCAUGUAAGGCUACGGAUGAGACAGCGAAGAAAGCCGCAUCGGAAAACACAGCGUCGCAUGGCAUGUAUCUUGGGGCUUCCCAAGGCGACCUAAGAACGCCCCUGAAAGAUGGAUCAGUAGAUGUAUUGAUCUUCAACCCUCCAUAUGUCCCGACCCCGGAACUACCUAAGCAGCCGGGACUAGCGGACUUUCCACACCCGGAUAAGAAACCGACGUUUGAUGACGAUUCAUACAUGCUCUCGCUAUCAUACGCGGGCGGUAGGGACGGGAUGGAAACGACGGAUAGGUUGAUCAACAGCCUGCCUCAAGUACUAUCGAAAAAAGGCUGCGCAUACAUCUUGCUCUGUGCGCAAAACAAGCCGGAGGAAGUCAAGGAGAGGAUUCGAGCCUUUGGCGAGGCUUGGAACGUCGCGACUGUUGGGACAAGUGGGAAAAAGGCCGGAUGGGAAAGACUGCAGAUCAUCAGGAUCUGGAUAGAGUAAACACGUAAGAUCUUUGGGUGGUGUGCCAAUGGGACUUUAUUAUUUCUUGUGAGCCCUCAGCUCUUCAUGUGAAAAUAGUAGGUGCAAAGGAGCCAUACCAGCUUUUGCCAUUCUUUAUGGUUUUCAUGUGCCCCCCAACGCCGU